AUUGCAUCCUGCCCGGCACGGCAAUUCCUGAUGUCUUGACCACGAAAAAAGGAGACAGUCUGCCGUUCAAGUGACAGUUCUAUCAAUCAUGGCAAAGAUCACAGUAGCAGCCCUCGUCAUUGGCGCUGGAGCUGGAGCUGCUGUCACUGCCGCCUUCACGCGUCGAAAGGAGGAACCGACAUCCCUAUCGCUCACGACGACCACCAUCACCACGCCCUCCACCACCAGCGCACCGAAUCCAGUCCCGAUCUCAGCCCAAGGCGUCCUUGCAGCCCCCGUCGAUCCCUCCGGCAUAUUUAACUAUGGAUUCCCCGGGCCUACGGCGGACCUGCGACCCUCUCUCGCCCUUGUCUCCUCCUUCGACCGCCGCACCCGCAAUCCGCACUGGGUGGCUGAACAUAUCACUCCGGCUUCCCUAGCCGGGCGCGACGGCAACCGGAAGCACAGCUCAUUUGCCGAAGAUGACGGAAUUCCUGAGAAGUUUCGGGCGAAGUUGAGCGACUACUUCCGCAGCGGAUACGAUCGUGGCCACCAGGUUCCCGCCGCGGAUGCGAAAUGGAGCCAGCAGGCGAUGAACGAGACAUUCUUGCUAAGCAAUAUGUGUCCACAGGUUGGAGACGGCUUCAAUCGCGAUUACUGGGCGCAUUUCGAAGAUUUCUGUCGGCGUCUCACGCACAAAUAUCCAAGCGUACGAAUCGUCACGGGACCCCUCUACCUGCCUCGAAAAGAACCUGAUGGGAAAUGGAGGGUCAGCUACGAAGUGGUGGGAUCGCCGCCCAAUGUGGCUGUGCCCACGCAUUUCUUUAAAGUUAUUUUUGCGGAAGAUGGGAAGGUAGGGGGAAACGUCGCCGUUGGCGCUUUCGUGCUUCCGAAUGCUCGCAUUGCGAACGAUCGAAGUUUGAAGGAGUUUGAGGUGCCCUUGGAGAUGGUCGAGAAAGCGAGCGGCCUGGAGUUUGCCGAGAAACUGCCUUUGAACCGACGGAAGCGGCUCUGUGGUGACAUGCAGUGCGAAAUCAUGGUUCGGGAAUAUGCGGACCGGCAGAAAGCGUUUGUGAAAAAAUAGGGGAUUCCAGACCCGGAUCUCGGUCUUCUGGAAGUAGUAGCACACAGACGAAGGGUGACUGUUUAUCGCAUAGCGCGGAGUUCUUCAUUUCGUCCGAGCCCCAUAGCCCGGGUCCUGUCCGGAGGAAUCGGGUCAUAUUGUACAGCAAUGUUACAUGUAUACUCCUUGGCGUAUAAACGCCGACAAGCAUUGAUCAAGUCUAGCCUUCCCUUGUCCCUCUAGAGCCUGCCGUUUGCAAACCAUGAAGAAAAUCCAAGCGAGUCCCCGUCGCUAUACAUAUCCAACCAAGGGCGGAAUCUCAUAAGAUGUUCCCUAUGACAUUGAGGGCUCACGCUGGAGCUUCGUGAUGUAGCUUUUGCUCACGACGUUCCAGGCAGCCAUAUACU